GGCCCAUUAAUUGAAAUUGGUGGCCAGUUUUCUAGGAAAUGGUCGUUGGAGGGGAUGAGGAUUUUGGCACUGCUAUGGAUGCUAUUCCUGGCGAGAUUCUGUAGUGCCUGCUGUAUGCUCCAGUGUUUAUGGAAGAAGAUAAAUGGAAAACUUUGUAAUAAAGAUGAUGACGAUGAUGUCUAUGUACAAGUAGCGCAAGGAAGCUCCAAUGAAUUUCCAAAUGUUCCUUUUCUUCCAGGAGUAAUUGACAUCUCAGCGUUAGACAAAAAACAGUGCAAGUUCUUCAAUUAUUCUUUUGCCGGUAACGCGAUAAGACUUGUUGUCCCUAAUAAAGGUGUUUCUGUAUCCAAACUCAUGAAUGGCAGUGAGACUGUCUGGAUAGCUGAAGAGGAAGAAACAUUUGGAUAUGCCGAGGCAUAUCUUAACCAUGAUGGUAAACCUGAACUUAUUCUUGUUGCAUCGACUUCAUCUGGAACUUCUAAGGAAACCUAUCUUGAACUCAAGGAUGGCAGAUGGGUAUCUUGUAAUGAUAGCGAAGAUAAGAUGAAGAGCUUAAGGGAUCCUGCAGAAUGGAAAUCAGACUUUGAAAUUGAUAUCUCUGCUUCUAAGGAUACCGAUAAAUGUAGCAUCUUUGAGGUUGGCCUCCUGGGAGUUACAACUAGACACUUUUAUCCUGAACCUGGUCAUGUUCCUAUCAAGGUUAAGAAUGGCAAUAAGGAAUUAUGGAAGGCUCAAGUGCAUAGUUCUAGAAAGGGAAUGGAAACAAUGUUUGGUGGAUAUGAAAGUUAUUGUCUAUCCUGUAUAUUGUAUAAGAAGGGAUCUAUGGAAUUACUAGAACUUACUGUGGUUGGUAAGGCAUCUUCAAGGUGGUAUAAGUAUUUUGAGAAGAACGCUGAUGGGCAAUGGAAGAGCAUUUCUGAGAAGGACUAUGAUAAGAAAUUUAAUGAAAUAAAGAGAGCAAAACCUUCACAGGUUCCUUCCAAGGCUCAACCUAAAGAGGACUCAGCAGUGGUUGUUCAGACUAACUUCCGUAAUGUUGCACCUAAACUCGUUACACGACUAGGAAUCACUCUUGACCUCUCUAAUCCUGACCCUUCCUUAUUCUCUCUAGCUGAUGAUCAGAUUCAUGGAGUGAGUCACAAGGCGUUUGUUCCCAAGGAUGGAUGUUCUCUAGUAGCCAUAGUGGAUAACAGGGAUACCCUUUGGACUGCUACGGACACUAAAGAAGAAUGUAUGGGUGCCUACCUCUUUUCCAGGGAAGGAUACUCUUCUCUUCUUAGUGUCUAUACAAGAGGUGCUGGAGAUGAGACCUUUUGUUUUGAAAAGAAUGGUAGCCUGUGGAAGAAUGUGGACAAGAGAUACUUCGAGCGUAAACUUCACUCAAUGAAGGACUUUUCUGCACCUGCUGGUGAGGGUCACAAGGAGGAAGAUACAUGAUUUAUUGAUGGUUUCACUCUCCGAAAGGAGAAUCCUAUAGCUAAACACAUCACACAAAAGUUGUAAACACUUGUCACUAAUGUAGUAAAAUCUGUCAAAGAGCAGAGCUAGAGGCGCACAUCACUCCUGUGGCUUUCCGUCUCACAUUGGGGCCACAGAGACCCGCAUACACAGAAUGACCAGACACUUGCAUUCUGUACCACAAUAUCGACGUAUAGUUUUAAUCGCCACCGUAUACAAAAGCUA